GGUCCAGACGUGCAGGUCACCACGGAGAGCGGCAUCCCCAGAGACGCCAGCGGAGACAUCGACUACACGGCUUUGGUCCAGAUGCUGAAAGACACACAAAGUCUCCAGGACCAGGCGGACAUACUCCUCAUCCUCUUCAAAGACAAGGGCAUGGACUGGGACACUGAGCUGCUCGGUAAAGGCUCCACGGUGCAAUCGCUGCUCACCGACCUUUACGAAAAGGCCGGAGAGUUCAAGCUGUGGGGCCUCAUCAGGAUGAUCUCUGGCAUACUGAGGAAGAAGGUGGAGGAGCUCGACUCGGCUUGCUCUGAUUUGCUGGCGCACCAGAAGCACCUGACUGUGGGUCUGCCUCCUGAGCCCAGAGAGAAAACCAUCACGGCUCCGAUACCUGCGGACCAGCUGGCUGCGCUCAUCGACGAGGCCAGCGAAAACAACAUCAGCGUGGCCAUACUCACUCAGGAGAUCAUGGUGUAUCUGGCCAUGAGCAUCAGGACUCAGCCCAGUUUGUUCAGCGAGAUGUUCAGGCUCCGUAUCGGCCUCAUCAUCCAGGUCAUGGCCACAGAACUGGCUCAGUCGCUCAACUGUUCAGGAGAGGAGGCCACAGAGAGUCUGAUGAGUUUGAGUCCGUCUGAACUGAAGAAUCUCCUCCACCACAUCCUCAGCGGGAAGGAGUUUGGAGUCCAGCGCAGCGUGCGAGAGGUGGACACCGGAGUCAGUCCCGCCAUCUCCAUCCAUCAUCUGGGCAACGUUGGCGCCACCAAGAGCGAGAGAGCCGGCAUCAGCAAACUGAAGAGCGACAUGAGGAUGCUGGAGCACAGGUUGUCUCUGACGGAUCCCAGUAAGGCAGACCACAGGUUGUCGCUGACGGAACCAUUAAAGGACCCCAGGAUGCCUUUAACUGAUCCAGUCACAGAGUUGGACCAGUCUCUGACUUCUCCUCACAAGGGAAUGAGAUCUCAGUCACUGGACAUAGAAAACAUCGACUCUGGGAGGUACCGGAUGACGUCAAUAGAGUCUCUGGAAAUCCCGGAGUGCACUCCUGUCGCCAAGGACACCAGACACGGCCAAUGGCUGCGCAGGAGGCGUCUGGACGGCGCCCUGAACCGAGUCCCCGUCGGGUUCUACCAGAAAGUCUGGAAGAUCCUGCAGAAGUGCCACGGUCUCUCCAUCGAGGGGUUUGUUCUUCCUUCUUCUACCACCAGAGAGAUGACGCCUGGUGAGAUCAAGUUCUCCGUCCACGUGGAGACGGUUUUGAACCGCGUCCCUCAGCCUGAGUACCGGCAGCUGCUGGUGGAGGCCAUCUUGGUCCUCACCAUGCUGGCUGACGUGGAGAUCCAGAGCAUCGGCUCCAUCAUCCACAUCGAGAAGAUCGUCCACCUCGCCAACGACAUGUUCUACAAGGAUCAGAUGGACCUCGGAGCAGAGGAGCACAUCCUGGACAAGGACCCGGCCACCGGGGUGUGCAGGCUGCUGUACGACAGCGCCCCCAGUGGUCGCUUCGGGAGCAUGACCUACCUCACCAAGGCCGUGGCGGAGUACGUGCAGGACCUGCUGCCCAGCGGGUCGUGUGCCGUGCAGUGAUCCGACGACCGGCGUGAAACGUAAAACGUUUUCUACCUUGAAGAAACGAUAGAGAAUGUGUCGACACGAACGCGUGAAGCUGAAGCUCUGAGACGGUUUACGUCCCGCUCUCAGUAUUUUGUGCUAAGCUAACUGCUAACUAGCUGUAGCUUCAUGUGAACUGCACAUCGAUGUUUUUCAUUUAACUCAACAAAGAACUUAUUUCACUCAAAAAAAACGAAUCAUCGUGUGUUUAACCACUGUUAAUUCUUCACACCGAUGCUAAUCUGUUAGCACUAAUGCUACGACUGUUGGAGGAAGAAGGUGAAUGCUCCACCUCCCUGGUCUCAUGUCACUUUACCUCAAAUCCUACAUGCUGUAAAAAAAAAUAAAAAAAAAACAGUUAAAGAAUCUAUUUAUUUUACAUUUA